CGUAGGAAGAACCCGCCCCAGACAGGAGCUGCCGGGAAACGAAAGUGAAUUGUGGCGGAGUAUAUAGAGUUGGAGCGGAGGGGCGAGGCGGGCUGCCGUUCCUCCCUGCCAAGCCCAGCCGCAACUGUGGACAGCUCCGAGCCCUGCUCUUCCCUUCUCUCCUCUUUGUUCCGGCCCGAGGCAGAGCCCUCUUCCCCUCCCUUGUGAGUGUAGCAGGCAAAGGCCCGGGGCGGGAAAGCGAGCGAGCCGAGGAAGGUGAGGGCUGGCGGUGCACGGCCGGCUCCUCCGGUCCGCCCUUCGUGCUCUCUCCCACGUAAAAAUGAAGAGAAGAACAGACCCUGAAUAUGGCAGCCCACAGAAAAGGCAGAAAAAAAGGAUAGAAGAGUUGGGUUUGACUCUUAGUUCCACAUCAGAUGAUGAAACCCAACUUAAUAUUAACCAUGCAAUUCAAGAUUCUUCCACGACAAGCAGCAGUGAAUCUGAUAGUGAGAACAGUGCGAGGCGGCCUACUCUUGGCACUUUCAGCAAUAAAUUCAAUGCAGAUUCUCUUGUGGAGGGCACAUCUUCCCGCUACUCAAUGUACAACAGUGUGUCCCAGAAGCUCAUGGCUAAGAUGGGCUUUCGAGAAGGUGAAGGUCUUGGCAAAUAUGGCCAGGGAAGGCAAGAGAUUGUGGAAGCCUCCCAACAAAAAGGAAGGCGUGGAUUGGGACUCAUUCUGAAAGGAUUUGAUGGAGAGAUGAACAUCAACUGGCAAGAUGAGCCAGAGGCUAGUGCUUAUGAGCAGGUGGACUGGUGCCCAGAAUGUACCACAGAAAUUCCAGAUGCUGAAGAAAUGAAGGAUUGGAUGACGAUAGGAAAGAAGAAACUGGUGAUUGAUGAUGAAACGGAAUUCUGUGGAAAAGAACUCAUACACAGCAUGCUCCAAUGCAAGACUGUUUUUGAUGUGCUGGAUGGAGAGGAGAUGCGUCGAGCUCGUACAAGAUCCAAUCCCUAUGAGAUGAUCCGCGGAGCCUUCUUCCUAAACAGAGCUGCAAUGAAGAUGGCAAACAUAGAUUAUGUCUUCGACUACAUGUUUACAAACCCAAAGGAUUCCCAUGGGAAACCACUAAUUAAAGAGCGUUCUGCUGAACUGCUAUAUUUUGCUGAUGUAUGUGCUGGCCCUGGUGGUUUCUCAGAAUAUGUCCUCUGGAGGAAGAAGUGGCAUGCAAAAGGUUUUGGGAUGACCUUAAAAGGACCAAACGAUUUCAAAUUGGAGGAUUUCUAUGCUGCAUCUAGUGAGCUUUUUGAGCCUUACUAUGGUGAAGGGGGUGUUGAGGGAGAUGGCGACAUCACCCGUCCUGAGAACAUAUCUGCCUUUCAGCAGUUUGUGCUGGACAACACAGAUCAGAAGGGGGUGCAUUUCUUAAUGGCCGAUGGGGGCUUCUCAGUAGAAGGGCAGGAAAACAUCCAAGAGAUCUUAAGCAAACAGCUGACACUUUGUCAAUUCCUCACAGGACUCUCUGUUAUACGGACAGGAGGGCACUUUCUCUGCAAAACCUUUGACUUAUUCACACCAUUCAGUAUUGGCCUUGUGUAUUUGUUGUAUUGCUGCUUUGAACGUGUAUCAAUCUUCAAACCUGUGACAAGCCGUCCUGCCAAUUCGGAAAGGUAUGUGGUAUGCCGUGGUUUAAAAACUGGAAUUGAAGAAGUGAGGGACUAUCUUUUCACAGUGAACAUGAAAAUCAACCAGCUACGGAACUCUGACCAAGAUGUUAAUCUUGUUGUUCCUUUGGAAGUAAUCAGAGGCGAUCAUGAUUUCUAUGACUACAUGAUCCGCUCAAAUAAAAGAUUCUGUGCUGUUCAGAUUAAAGCCCUGGCCAAAAUUCAUGCCUUUGUUCAAGACACGACUUUGAAUGAAGCACGUCAGGCUGAUAUCCGAAAAGAAUGCCUCCGACUUUGGGGGAUUCCAGACCAAGCCCGAAUUGCUCCUUCCUCUUCUGAUCCCUUGUCCAAAUUCUAUGAACUAACUCAGGGUACUAACAUAGAGAUCUUUAGUUAUAAAUCAACUCCUCUCAACUCAAAAACUUUGCACAAAAUUCGACCCGUGCUGGAUUACAGAUGCAUGGUAUCGGGAAAUGAGCAGAAGUUCCUUCUGUCAUUAGGGAAGUCUCAGAUAUACACUUGGCUUGGUCGCCAAUCGGAUCGCUGGACCAAACUGGAAUUGAAGAUAGAACUGCCACGGGAUACACUUCUUUGUGUGGAAAUUGUUCCUGAGCUGAAAGGAGAGGGCAAAGCCCAGCGAAAAAUCAACGCCAUCCACAUCCUAGACGCUUUGGUGCUGAAUGGCAGUAAUGUUAGAGAGCAGCAUUUCAAUCAGCGAAUUCAGUUGGCAGAAAAGUUUGUGAAAGCUGUCUCUAAACCUAGCCGCCCAGAUAUGAGUCCCAUCAGAGUGAAGGAAGUGUACAGGCUAGAGGAUAUGGAAAAGAUCUUUCUGAGGUUAGAAAUGAAGGUUAUCAAGAGUUCAGGUGGAAUCCCACGGCUAUCCUACACUGGUCGUGAUGACAGGCAUUUUGUACCUUUUGGAUUGUACAUUGUUCGGACUGUCAGCGACCCCUGGACGAUGGCAUUCAGCAAAACCUCUAACAGAAAGUUUUUCUACAAUAAGGCAACACAGCUUGCCACGUACGAACUGCCUCCAGAGUCUGUAGCACCAUUUCACAUUUGUUACUUUGGUCGCCUCUUCUGGGAAUGGGAUGAUGGUAUCAAAAUGCACGACUCUCAGAAAAAAGAAGAUUCAGAGAAACUAUCGAAAGAAACUGUUCUAUCCUUCAUCAGACAACAUUUCACCCUGUGAUUACUCUCUCGUCACAUCUUAGGGUAUGGGGAAUGACCCAGGUGUGGAAUAGUCAGCAGGGAGCCACAGAGAAAAAUACUUUUCAAAGUGGUUCGAUUGGAUGAUAAGGAUUCGGUCCAAGAGAAAUAAGAGAAAGCUUUGGAUUGGAAACCGUGCAGUAUAUAAGUACCUGCUUCCUGGCCACAUUAAGACUAGAGCAGUGCACAUUCUUCUGAAUGGAUCAUCACUGGAUCUUCUAGGGCUUCCCCCCUCCUCCGGACAACUGGGCUCUACUAGUAGGCAACAAAAGAAGAGGAUGCAUGGAACACGUGACAUUUUGUAAAAUGGAAGGCCAGACAACUUUUGACAAAACUAAAGGACAGAAAAAUGAAUAUACUUUUAAUAAUCUUUCUUGUUCCUUUCUCUGUGAAUCCACUGAGAAGUGUACUUGUUUUUUGUAAUUUGGCUUGUGAAUGCAGCCUAGAGGUUUUUGAGAGUUCAGGUCUUAGCAGGAAGGAACCAGACAGCUAAAGUUUUUGAAUUAGUAAUUUAGGUACAAAGUUGGACUUUCAUGCUUCUAUGCAAGUGAAUAUAUUAUGCUUUUUCUCACGCUCCACCUUCAAAUAUGGCAGUCCAAGUAUUUUCCUCUCUGAAUUCUAUACCCAGUACUUUCCCUUCAGAAAGUAAAGGAGAUUUGCAAUUUAGAGAAUUGGCUUUAGAGGAACUAUAUAAAUUAGAUCCCGUGAAAGAGCUGCAUACUUCUAAAGAAAGAAUCUUCUUUUGGCCUUCAGAAGUUUAAAACUGAAACUUUGCACACAUUGGCAAGAAGAUAUUGAUUUUGUAAUUGAGAGUGUUGCCUAGGUUGUGUCUUAAAAGAAAUACGACUCUCCUGUAAGUGAAGGCAUCAGCCAGGUCUCAGCUCCUAAAGAAAAUGGUCAAAAAUGAAUUUGAUAUGGGAAAGCAGAAGUUUCUAUAUAGAUUUUAUCUCCAUUAAAGUUGACUAGCACAGGAGAAAUUUUAAAUUCUACAUACUGUAGAAAUGAGCAAAAUAUUUGAAUUCAAGAUGUUUUGUGAUUGAAAGAAUUGUUCUAAGUUUAGAAUGGUGGUUCUUACUGGAACUGUUUAAGUCUGAAAACAAUUUUGUUCAAGUUUGAAAUAGUUUUAUACUUACAAUGGGAUGUUUCAGAACACUUAGAAUGUUUGAAACUACUGUUUUGAACUCACAAUAUUUUGAAUUCAGAAAUGUUUGCACAUUGCCAGUAAAUCUUAAUCUUGGCUAAAAGAAGUAGUUCUAGCUUUCAGAGCCAGUUCAAGAAUAGUAUAGGUUAAUAUUGCACUUUAGCAAUAGCAGCUAUGUAGUUUAAUUGCCAACAUCUCAUACCAUCUUAUUUCUAGAUUCCUCUAUUGAAAAAAUAUUGGGAAGAAUGGAAGUUUAAAGCUCCCCAUUUCUCUCAAAGGCUGAAGUAUACAAAAGCACUUAAUAUUGGAGAUUCAGUUCUGAGAUUUGCUAAAUCUCUCUGAGAGUUCCAAAACAAAGAUGUAGCUUUUAAGAUUCUUUUGGCAAGAAUGUUUCAAAAUAAAUUGCUUUCCCAUACAAUACAAUUGUUUGCCUGAACAGGCUAGAGGGUAAAACAGCAAAUUGAGUGUUUAUUUGCAAUAGGAAGUGACAAUGAUUAAAUAAUCUCUGACAUCUACAGUUCAUAGCGUUGGUUUUAAAAUAAUUUGAUAAGAAACUUUGUCACUUUUUACCUGACUAUCAUUAUGUAACCAAUAGGUCAAAGAGUCAUUUUGCUUUAAAUACAUGUUACCAAUUUUUCAGAUUAUAUUUCUAGUUAAAUUCAUCACAAGUUAGAAUAUUUCAGAAGGAAGAUUUCAUUGCAAGAUUGAUUUUAGUUUCUGUUAUUAAAGAAUGAUUGGUAGAUAAGCUUGUAUAUGAGUCAGUGGUACACAACUUAUCUGACUUGACUUAAUUCACUUUGGCUGUAACUAGAGGCCCUGUUUUGUGGCUUUCUCCUAGGGAAACUAUUUAAGGGAUUUAAAAAUAUUAAGAGUGUGUGUGCCUAGAAACCUUAAAACAAAAUUUAUACCAGUCCUGAAAAAAAUGACCAUGUUGAUUCAGAGCCCAAAUGUCAAGAGUACAAAGAGAAAAUUAGAAAGAUUUGAUCAGUGGAUAGUUCAACUUGUUCUUGUUUGUUCUCUUACUGGUCUGUGAAGGAGGUAAAAUGUCUUGCUGAAAGAAAUGUUUACAGUGUGUGUUCUCUGAACUCAUGUAUCAGUUGUGAUGGUUUCUUGUCCGUUCUUUGCAUUGCCAAUACAAUCCUUAUAAUUUAAAAAUGUGUUCUCUUUUUGGCAUAAACAUUCCAGCUCUUUGUGAUACAUUCCGGGCUGAGGAAGAACAACUACUGUCACCACUUGACUCUGGAGCUCACGGAGUGAUUUUAGGUCUGCCACUGUUUCAGAGUAACCUGCUUCAUAGGGUGGAUCUGGGGAUAACAUUCAGAGGAAACGGAAAAACUAUUUUAAAACUAUUUUAAAUUUGGGGCAAAAAAUAUGCGUUUCCCUUAUAGAGCCAAAACCCCAUCCGAAAACUGGCUGCUUCUGUGUAACAUCACUAGAAUAUGUCCAAUCCGUAGUAGUCAGAUUUUAGGAAAUGUAGUUGACAGAAGACUGUAUAGAAAAAGGGCUGUUUUGGCUAGAACUCAUUUUGUGAAAUAUGCCAUUUUUUAAUUUACAAUAUAUACCAUAAAUACAUCAACAUAGUUUUCCUACCUAGCUUUAUAAUUUGUUAAGUGAUUGCAGAAAAGAGACAGAUGUUCAAUGAAUUGUCCCAAGGAUUGUUUUCUUACAAAAUUGAACAAUUGUUUUAUUUUUGUGCACAUUGGGAGUAUACGGUUAGGAUAUAUAUAGGUUUGAAAUAAAUGUCCACUCUACUAUAAGCAAAGUAAUUCUCCUCAAAGCUUUGAAUUACCACAUCUUUUGGAAGCCUCACAUGGCUCCUUCAAAAGCCAUCUGAAGGUCUGCUUAUAUACAACCACUUGGGCAUGCAUGCAGAGUAAUUGAAGAGUAGGGCAGCUUCUUUAACACUUCAAGCAGGGGUACUUUGCUAGUGUUAACAGACUUUUUGAAAUAGUUCUUUCGCUUUGUGCAACUGAUAUUUAGGCAAAAUGGAAUUUUACCUUCAAAAUGCUAGAUUACAUUGUUGGGGAGGCUGCUUGAAGAGUGAUAGUCACUUCUGAUGAAUUGAUGACUCCAAAGGUUGUGAUAUCUUUUUUAGGUUUAGGCAGGAGACUGAAAAAUAGGCUGCUUUAAUGUAUAGAGAAGUGCUCAGAUCACUUUGAAGCAAGUCAUUUCUAAAAUGCAGUCCUAACAUUUGCAUUAUGUUAAAGAAAAAGGAUGUAAAACAGACACACAUGGGCAAUUUAUUUAUUUGCACGGAAGUAAGAACAGAAUUUGUUUUCUUACUGAAAACAGCAAAGUUGAAAGGUGAUUUAUAUACUUUUUUGGACAGAGAGAUGUAAUUGAAUCACAGAUACAAAAGGAGGGAGCCAUGGUUAUAUUGCCAAAGUAGAAAACAAAAUGAAUGAGGCUUGAGUGCAUAUUUGAAGCAGAAACUAAAAGGAACCAUGAGUGUAUUUCCAAAGCAAAACAAAGCAGCUUGACAGCAUUAGAAUGCCUUCUUCCUUCAACAACGGAGGUGCUAAUAGGUAUUGCUAAUAGGUACUGAACUUGAGGCAUUGUUGCAGUCAGGAAAAUGUCAAGCCAAUUAACUCUAGCAUGGUGAAAAACUUAAAAGUCAGGAAAGGAAGGAGAAUUACAAAGCGUUCCUGAUAAAAGAAUUGACGGGAGACCUGACCGAAGAAAAUGAAAAGGAAAAAAGGGAAGCACAUUUAUUUUUAAAUUUCUGCAUUUUAUUUCAGUUCAAAAUGCAAAUAUUAACAAUCACUUGGAUUGACAUUUUUUUCAAAGAAGGCAAAACUAUACAGUAACUUCUUCC